AUAAUUAUAAAGUCAAACAGGAGCAAAUUCCCCUCCUCACAUCACAUGUUCCUCUAUCCUCAACAACACAAUAAACCUCUGCACAUGCUAUUAAGAAUUCCCCAACCCUGACCCUGACCCUAUUCUGGCCCCUAUAAGUUUUUGUUUUGCCCCACCACUCUUUAACCCUCACUGAUUCCUAUAAAUUCAUCAGAAUGUCGCAACAACAUAGUUCAAGGCCAUGAAACAAAAGCUGGUUUUGGAAGCAAGCCAAGAAGGCAUGCAGAGAAACCAUGCUCUAUUAGAGUAGUACGAAUCUCACUGUUUGCUAGAAAAGGGUGUGUCAAAAAAUGGGUAGGGAAAGUGUAGCUAUGGAUAAGAAGAACAAGAAAAUUGGGUCUACUGGGUACGGCUCAAUUUUCAUGCAUGCCGAUCGCAAAGAUUGGUUUUUUAUGAUUGUAGGUACCAUUGGGGCUGUUGGUGAAGGCUUAACCACCCCUCUAGUGUUGCUUAUCAGUAGCCGCAUGAUGAAUAACAUUGGGAGUUCCUCUAACAUGGAUGGACACACUUUCAUCCAUAACAUCGACAGGAAUGCGGUGGCGUGGUUAUAUUUGGCAGGUGCGUCUUUUGCCGUUUGCUUUCUCGAGGGUUAUUGUUGGACAAGAACGAGUGAAAGACAAGCUGCGCGAAUGAGACACAGGUAUCUGAAAGCAGUGCUGAGACAAGAUGUUGCGUACUUUGAUUUGCAUGUCACAAGCACGUCAGAGAUCAUCACCAGCGUCUCCAACGACAGCCUCGUAAUUCAAGAUGUUCUUAGUGAGAAGGUUCCGAAUUUCUUGAUGAACAUAUCCUUGUUCGUUGGAAGCUACAUAGCGGCUUUUGCGAUGUUGUGGAGGCUUGCCAUAGUGGGGUUUCCGUUCGUGGUUCUUCUCGUGAUCCCGGGUUUGAUUUACGGGAAGACUCUGAUGGGGUUGUCUUGCAAAAUCAGAGACGAGUAUAACGUCGCAGGAACAGUGGCGGAACAAGCGAUUUCCUCCAUAAGAACGGUGUAUUCCUUUGUGGGGGAAAGCAAGACCUUGAGCGCUUUCUCCAACGCGCUUCAAGGCACGGUUAAGCUGGGCCUCAAACAAGGCCUGGCUAAGGGCUUGGCCAUUGGAAGCAACGGCGUCGUUUUCGCCAUCUGGUCCUUCAUGUGCUACUACGGUAGCAGACUCGUCAUUUAUCAUGGCGUCAAAGGAGGGACAGUUUUCGCGGUUGGCGCAGCACUCGCUGUUGGAGGACUGGGAUUGGGAGUGGCAUUAUCGAACAUGAAGUACUUUUCGGAAGCGGGUUCAGCAGCGGAGCGUAUAAAAGAAGUGAUAAAGAGGGUUCCCGACAUAGAUUCUGACAACAGGAAUGGGGAAAUUCUGGAGAGGGUUUACGGGGAAGUGGAAUUCGAAGGGGUGGAGUUCGCGUACCCUUCGAGGCCAGAUAGCAGUAUUCUGAAUGGGCUUAGCGUGAGGAUCCCCGCAGGGAAGCGAGUGGCGCUGGUUGGGGAGAGUGGGUCAGGGAAAUCAACGGUGAUAGCGCUGUUGCAGAGGUUUUAUGAUCCAGUGGGGGGGGAGAUACGGUUGGAUGGGGUGGGGAUUCAGAGGCUGCAGGUCAAGUGGCUGAGGGCGCAGAUGGGGUUGGUGAGCCAGGAGCCUGCUCUGUUCGCGACCAGCAUUAAAGAGAACAUACUUUUUGGCAAAGAGGACGCGACCGAUGAUCAGGUGGUGGAGGCUGCAAAAGCUUCCCAUGCUCAUAAUUUCAUCUCGCUUCUGCCUCACGGUUAUGAUACACAGGUGGGGGAGAGAGGGAUUCAGAUGUCAGGGGGACAAAAACAGAGGAUAGCAAUAGCGAGGGCAAUAAUUAAGAAACCGCGAAUCCUCCUUCUGGACGAAGCAACAAGCGCGCUGGACUCAGAGUCGGAGCGAAUCGUCCAAGAAGCCCUCGACAACGUAGCCUCGGGCUGCACCGCCAUCAUCAUCGCCCACCGUCUCUCCACCGUCCAAAACGCAGACCUCAUCGCCGUCGUCCAACGCGGCAAGGUCGUCGAGAUGGGCUCGCACAACGACCUCAUGCAAAGCCCCGCCGGCGCCUACGCCUCCGCGUUUCGCCUCCAGCAGAAAACCGACAAGGCCGAAGAGGAACAACAACAACAACAACCCGUUACUCCCGGGAGUGUUGUCCCCUUCACCAUGACACCACCAGCCACCGAAACCGCGGGCCCGGUGGGCCCAACGAGGCCCGGCGAUCACGAUGACGUGGCCGGAGGGAAAAAUAAGGCGCGCGCGCCGUCGUUUCGGAGGCUUCUGGCGCUGAGCGCCCCCGAGUGGAAGCAUGUCGUUUUGGGGUGCUUAAACGCCAUGGUGUUCGGUGCCGUUCAGCCGGUUUACGCGUUCACGAUGGGUUCCACGAUACUCAUGUACUUUAACACGGAUCAUGAGGAGAUAGUGAGGAAGACUAGGUUCUACUCGUUUUGUUUUCUGGGUCUCUUUGCGGUUUCUUUUCUUUCGAAUAUUGGGCAGCAUUAUUGCUUCGGUUACAUGGGGGAGUACUUGACCAAACGCGUCAGAGAGAACGUGCUUUCCAAAAUCCUCACUUUCGAAGUUGGGUGGUUCGAUUUGGACGAGAACUCCAGUGGUGCCGUCUGUUCUAGGCUUGCCAAAGAUGCCAAUGUGGUGAGGUCCCUAGUGGGAGAUAGAAUGGCCCUGCUAGUACAAACAUUUUCAGCGGUUUUAACAGCCUACACCAUGGGCCUCAUCAUUUCUUGGAGACUCUCCAUUGUCAUGAUCGCCGUACAACCCGUCAUCAUCGCAUGCUUCUACACAAGACGCGUCCUUCUCAAAAGCAUGUCCGACAAGGCCGUCAAGGCCCAACAACAAAGCAGCAAGCUAGCCUCCGAGGCGGUUUCAAAUCUCCGAACCGUCACAGCCUUUUCUUCGCAAGACCGGAUUCUCAAAAUGCUUGACCAGGCCCAACAAGGCCCAAGUCGGGAGAAUGUUAGACAGUCAUGGUUUGCCGGGCUUGGGCUUGGAGUCUCCCAGGGCAUUGCUUCGUGUAUCUGGGCCCUGGAUUUUUGGUACGGUGGGAGGCUUAUCUCCUCUGGGUAUAUCACAACGAAAACUUUCUUUGAGAGCUUCAUGGUUUUGGUGAGCACGGGAAGGAUCAUUGCGGACGCGGGUAGCAUGACCACGGAUCUAUCUAGAGGUGCUGACGUCGUGGGCUCGGUUUUCGGGAUCAUUGAUCGGUGCACGAAAAUUGAGCCCGAUGAUCCAAAUGGAAACAAGGCAGAGAAGCUAGUUGGUGAAAUUGAGCUUCAUGAUGUGCAUUUUGCGUACCCAACUAGACCCGAUGUGGGUAUCUUCCAAGGGUUCUCGAUUAAAAUUGAAGCGGGGAAAUCAACAGCGUUGGUGGGGCAAAGUGGGUCCGGGAAAUCAACCAUCAUAGGGCUAAUAGAGAGAUUUUACGAUCCACUUAAGGGGAUUGUGACAAUAGAUGGGAUGGACAUAAAAUCGUAUAACCUAAAGUCACUAAGGAAGCACAUAGCACUAGUGAGCCAAGAGCCAACGUUGUUUGGUGGGACCAUAAGAGAGAACAUUGCAUAUGGAGCAACAUGCGAGAAGGUUGAUGAGAGUGAGAUCAUGGAGGCAGCACGAGCAGCGAACGCUCACGAUUUCAUAGCUAGCCUGAAGGAGGGGUACGAAACGUGGUGUGGGGAAAAAGGGGUGCAACUUUCGGGUGGUCAAAAGCAGAGAAUAGCAAUAGCGAGAGCCAUUUUGAAGAAGCCGAAGGUGUUGCUGUUGGACGAGGCCACAAGCGCAUUAGAUGGUAAAUCUGAGAAGGUGGUGCAAGAGACUUUGAUGAGGGUAAUGAUAGGGAGGACCAGCGUGGUGGUGGCGCAUAGGUUGAGCACCAUACAGAAUUGUGAUGUUAUUGGUGUGUUGGAAAAGGGGAAGGUGGUGGAGAUUGGAACCCACUCGUCCUUGUUGGCCAAAGGACCGUGUGGAGCUUAUUACUCCUUGGUGAACCUUCAGACGAGACAUGCAGCCACAAUCAAUAACACUACUUGUACUAAAGCUACCGAUUGAGGUAGUCAAAGUACCAAGUUGUCUUUGUCUGCUUUGCUUGGGAUUGCUAGCUACUAGACCUCCUUUUUGAGGUUGAUAUAUGGGAGAUAAUAGCUAGUGAUAAAGAUGAGAUAGGUGGAAUUAAGUGGACGAGAUGGAGAAGGAACUUUCACAAUGUGUUACCUUUCUUAAUUUCGCACUUUGUCAUGUAUCCGACGACAUAUCCAUGUCUAAAUAACAUGUACGUAUAUAUGUUCUCAAUGAUAUCAAGUCGAGUGCUCUUGGCAAUUCAUGUGAA